AUGACUGUCGACGAGCCCGCCGCGAUUCCCCUCACGCGGCCGUCCUGCUCGGCGCGAGACGCGAACGGAGUACCCUGCCUCAAAGUCCCGCUCAUUGCGUGCCCGAGAUGCCUCCUCGUCGCGUACUGUGACGCGGCCUGUCGAGAGCGCCACUGGGAUGUUCACAGACCAGACUGCACCAGGGACUUUGCCGUCAAGUGCAACGAGGCGUCGGCUGCCGACAUGGACGACGAGGACGACGACUUGAUUGCCGCCGAGUCCACCAGCUUCUGGUGCAAGUACCCGGCAACAGACGUCCUCAACCUCGACAAGAACGAAGGGCGCUACUAUGACGAUCGGCUUGACCUUCUCUUCACCGGAGAGUCCGGGGUGCGCCACUUCAUCUACUCGGUGGUCAAGCUGCCCGAGACGGCGUCGCCCAAGCUCCACGUGGCCAUCAACGAGGCAAGCAACCUCCAUGUUGCUCGCACCUUUUUCGCCCUCAGCCUGCUCACGGCCCGCGACCGCGAUCCCGUCGUCAACGCAGAGGCCUGCAUCCACAUGUGGUACUCGGCCAGGAUGCCGCGGGUCCUGCGCGACCACGUCCAGUCGGUGGUGCGAGAGAACCUCGGCGGCACCCUUGAAGACAUGGCCACCAUCAGUGCUGCAACGGGCGUCUCGCCCACGCGGCCUUGCCGGCUGACCUGGUCCCUCGCCAACCUCAGCGUCGAGGUCGAGCUGCGGCAAUCCCAGUGGGCAGCCAUCAGGAACCACCUGGUCCCGUGCAAGAGCCUCGGCUUGGCCCAGUCGCUUAUUCUCCGAUAUGUCGACACGCGCAGGCGCGCCGAGUCGCCGUGCCGCUUCCUGGCCCGGAUGACUCGGUCCAGGGCCCUGGGCUUGAUGAAGUGGCACGACGACGGCAUUCUCUUGCCCUACGGCCACCCUCGCGACGCCUUUAACACGCUGAACCCCAUCUUCUUCCAGGGCAGCGAAAAGUAUCCCGCCGGCGCCUCGGCAGAGCCUCUGUCUGAGUGGCCCAUGGAGCUUCUCGACUAUCGCGUCUCCCCUGCCGUCAAUGACGUGUACGGCAAGAUGUUUUACUAUCUCCGCGACCUGCUCGUCGAGUUUCAGCGCCGGCUGGCCAAGACCUCGCUCAACCUGCAGCUGUCCUGCGAGGCGACGGCCGAGCUCACCGACUGGACCCCGGCUCUGCAGUUUGAGCGGCCCUUUGACCGCAUCGAGGUCGGCCAUCACUGGGACGUGCAUCCCUUCUUGACGCUCGUCGCCUUUUCCAACCUCUUGCGCCAUGAGGACGAGAACCCCUUUGCGACCCUGCUCACAAUCACCCGCGACUCGGUGAUGCACGGCAUGCCUUGCCUUGGCGCCAAUCUCCAAUCGGAACGCCAACAUCUCUAUCGCCCGUACAACGCAGUCCUGGACGAGCUUGCACCGCCGGCGGCCGCCGGGGACAAGGCAGACGUACGCGACGUCGUCCGUCGCAGGCUUGGCCUGCUCAUGUGGCGUAACUGGGACAAGUUUGCUUCUCGCUACCUCUUGUUCCCCGGCCACUUUGCCUUUGCGUCGCUCAUAGACCCCCGGGCCGUGGAUGAGCACCGCAGCGUGGUGCAGGCGGGGUUCCUCGGCCUGGCCGCGAGAGAGAAGCACCUCAUUACGCGCCGCUGGCCCAACCGCCUAGUCCACAGCAAAAAGGACAAGCCCAGCCUGCGCGACUUUAACCGCUGGCUCGGGUGGCCGAGCACGGUGCCCCUGCGCUGGCUCGAGUGGAAGCGCUGCGGCGACGUCUCCAACCAGGAGUGGGACAGCUGGAUGCGGGACAAGUCGGAUGGCGGGUCCGAGUCUGGUGGCGAGGCUGAGGGCCAGGGUGAUGGGGGGGCGGACGAGGCCGGGGGUGCUAUGAAGGGCAAGGGGAAGAAGAAGAAGCAGAAGAGGGGCAAGAAGUCCAAGGGCAAGAAGAAAUAG